GUCCGGCGCCGCGCACCCCGAAGAGCGCCCUCCCGCUACGGACAGGCGGUCGCGACGCGCAGGCAGCAGUUACCCGGGUCUCGGGCUCCCGGCUCCCGGACUCCGCCAUGGCGCCCCCUCCCCGCGCCCUCAGCGGUCCCCUCCUUCCGCCACCAACCUGCGACGGGCCAAAGGGAGGAGACUCGGGCACAGCCCACCGCCCUGGCCACUCGGAGCCGCCACUGCUCGCGCCUUCCACCCGCCCGGCCCGCGGGGGGGACGCCUGCGCCGCGAGGCCGCAUACCUUGCGCCCCCUGGCCGCCCGGCGCCCGGGGCAGCCCCCCGGGAUGUCAGGGGCGCCCGAAGCCCGGGGUCGUCCGGGGUCGGGCGUACCGCGCGGGGGCGGCGCGGAGCGGCUGUGGGCGGCGCAGGUCCCCCCUCUGGCGGUGGCGCGAUGGUGCGGGCCGCCGGGGGAGCUGCGGGCCCAGGGUUGGAAGGCGCCAGCUUCGCCAGCGGGCAGGGGCGAGCGCCAGCGCGGCGGCCGGGGCGAGUGACUCGCAGGGCUGACACCAUGGUUCAACAGGUGCUCUACCGGGCGCUGGUCUCCACCAAGUGGCUGGCGGAGUCCGUCCGGUCUGGCAAGCUGGGACCCGGCCUGCGGGUGCUGGACGCAUCCUGGUACUCACCGGGCACGCGUGAGGCCCGUAAGGAGUACCAGGAGCGCCACGUGCCUGGUGCCUCCUUCUUUGAUAUAGAGGAGUGCCGGGACACGGCUUCGCCCUACGAGAUGAUGCUGCCCAGUGAGGCGCACUUCGGUGACUAUGUAGGCCGCCUGGGCAUCAGCAACGACACGCACGUGGUGGUAUAUGAUGGCGACAACCUGGGCAGCUUUUAUGCUCCCAGAGUCUGGUGGAUGUUCCGUGUGUUUGGCCACCGCACUGUGUCGGUGCUCAAUGGUGGCUUCCGGAACUGGCUGAAGGAAGGCCACCCGGUGACAUCUGAGCCCACACGCCCAGAGCCAGCCACAUUCAAAGCCACACUGGACCGCUCUCUGCUCAAGACCUAUGAGCAGGUACUGGAGAACCUGGAAUCUCGAAGGUUCCAGCUGGUGGAUUCACGGUCCCAAGGGCGGUACUCUGGCACUGAACCAGAGCCAGAUGCAGUAGGGCUGGGUUCCGGCCACAUCCGCGGCUCGGUCAACAUGCCCUUCAUGGACUUCCUGACGGAGGACGGCUUCGAGAAGAGCCCAGAGGAGCUGCGCGCCAUGUUCCAGGGCAAGAAGGUGGACCUCUCGCAGCCGCUCAUUGCCACGUGCCGCAAGGGCGUCACCGCCUGCCACAUCGCCCUGGCUGCCUACCUCUGCGGCAAGCCCGACGUGGCCGUCUACGACGGCUCCUGGUCCGAGUGGUUCCGCCGGGCACCCCCGGAAACGCGGGUGUCCCAGGGCCAGGGUGGGAAGGCCUGAGCGGGCCCUGCUCCGGGCACCGCGGCUCCGGUCAGUGCAGUGGGUCCUACGUGACCAGGAGGCUGGCUGCACGUGGUUAGGAGUGCUCUGCAGAGCCCGCCCUUCCCCCACCCACCGAAUAAACUGCCUUCUC